CUCUUCAUUAACCAGUUCAAUUUCAAACGCCGUUGAAAAUGAAGCAAAUUGCUAUUAUCGUAACAGUCGCAAUUUUUUGCACCGUGAUUGGUAUCGGAGAAAGCAAAACAUUCUCCGAAUGCGAACUGGCUAAACUUUUACACAGAACGUAUGGUUUCGAUAAAAAUAAGGUGAACAAUUUCGUAUGCUUAGCACAGGCCGAGAGCUCGCUUACCACAACCAAAACCCAUAAGAAUAGUAAUGGAUCCACUGAUUAUGGACUAUUCCAAAUCAAUAAUAAGUACUGGUGUUCGGCCGCUGGUUACACAUCUGGCAAUGAGUGCAAAGUCUCCUGCGCUGAUCUGUUAACUAACGACAUCACAAAAGCUGUUAACUGUGCAAACAAAGUUUUUGCACGUCACGGAUAUUCUGCCUGGUAUGGAUGGAAAGCUAAAUGUGCAAGUGGCGUGAAGGAUCUUUCAUAUUGCAUGUAGAGUUCAAGUUACUUGGAGAUGUCUGCCUAUGGUAUACGAAACCAAUAAAUUGUAUGAAAUAUUGCUUCAUGA